GAAACUUUUCGUAUUCUUAUGUUAGAUUUCGAGAACCAUGGCCCGAGAUUUGAUAAACAAACAAAUCGAACCAUCUUUUCAAAUUUUUGAGCGACUGAAAAAUUGGGCAUCAGAAUCGAAGAGUAAAAAACUAAUCGAGAAUACAACUAUAUGCUGUGAGUUAAUUGAAGCUAACGCUAGUUUGCAGCAUGAGCUGUUCAAGAUUUUAAGAUUAUUUGUAUCACAAGGUAGCCUUUGUACAGAAAACUAUAAUACACAUCUUGAUAACGCUGUUGAAUACAAUGAUUAUGGAACUAAUAGUUGUCCAACAAUAGGUUUCACAGAAAAUGUACUACGUGAAAACCAGAAAUAUAAAUCUGAACCAUAUAUGCAAACUGGUUCAAUGAAAAGGGAUUUCAGAAUUCUUCGAGUUCACCAAAAGAAAUGCCAAGAUUAGAAAAUGAGAUUUUGGAGAGGUUGAUUCAAAGUCAAAUUCAAUGCGAUAGAUUAGCCAGUCAAUUGAAAGCUCAAAGCAUGGAGUUAAUUCAGCCCACAAUGGGAAAUAAGUCAGUUUAUUCCCAGCAGAAAAGACCAAGAGCUAUGAUAGAUGCUGAAAGUGUUUUAAAUCAUUCUGUAACAGACUAUAAUGCUAGACCAACUUUUAACACUAAUCGGUGUGAAAAACGUUGUUUUAAUGGAGGUGAGAAUGGAUUUCAAAGAAGUGACAAUUUUUGUGAUAAUUCAAUGGCAUAUACUUAUGGCAAAGAUGCUGUUGACUUUUCAAAUGGUCAAAUUUAUACUCCUAAUCCAACAGAUCGUCUACAAAGUUGGCUAUCUCCACUGGUUAGUCGAUACAAUGACUUAUUUACAAAUCUACGCGUGGACUGUAUGAAGCGUUUGCAAUCAUUUGGGCAAACAGACUGUGAACGUAAUCAACGUUUAAUUUUUCAUGCUGUUCAAUCAUGUUUCAUCGUCACUGGCCAUGUGAUUCGUCGUCUUUUAACAAGUAUGCAAAGUACAAACGGUAUGACUAAACAGUUUGGAGAAAAGCAAUUUUCUUUGAUUGAGACACCACUUAAUACUGAUCAAUUGGAAAAACUUGUAGCUGCAACGUGUAGACGACUUUCACGUCAUCCUCCACCAGAGUGUGCAUGUCAUAUUUCUAUCAGUGGAACAAAAGGAACAAGCGUAAGACGACCUGUUUCAGUGAGACGACCAGUUACACCUCAGGAGUUGUCUUCACUGAGGGAUCUGUUAAGAGAAGUUUGCUGUCUUGCAUGGUACUUAUUAGCUGAGCAUCACGAUUUGCAGUUGUCAGCUGAAGCAAACGGUGUCUAUCGUGUUUGGUAUGUAGAUGUGGACAAAUCUGCUAAACCGGGAGAUGCAUAUGAUGAUGAAAGUUAUCGAAGAAGUUACGAUUCAGACGCAUCUGCUGGUCAAGUGCAUCAUUACAUUUGGCCGUGCUUGAUGUUAUUCACUAAGGAAUCAUCUCCAAGUCGGGAGCAGCAACAGCAGCUUCAGUUUCACCAGACAAAUACGAGCAAUGCUAACAAACUAAUCAAAGCCUGUGUCUUAGUGAAAGGAGAAGCUUGUACACGUAAUCCUAUAAGUUCAGCAUCCCAGAUCGACAAAGCUGCUGCACUUUUAAACCAUGAAUAUUGCUGUCAUUCGGGUUACGGAAGUAAAUCCCCGAACAGAUGGCCUAGAUCAAGAUCAACUUCCGUUCGGAGAAUUAAAUAGAGAAAAGGCUUUUCAAAGUAGUGAAGAAACUAAUGGAAGUCUUUUGAGACGGUUUUGCACAUAACUAAUCUUUCGUAUAGAAUAGUCUUAUAGUUUUAAAAUCUUAAAUUAGCUAUCUGUCUAUUUAACUUUAACUAACAAUUUAUCAUGUGUUGUCAUUUUCUUUCUUUAUUAUUUAGUUAAAAUAAUCGUAAAGUAUUUUGUAUAAAGUAAUAAUGGUUGCAGUAUUGGAAUGAAACAAGUUCUUUUUCUACAA